CCGUCAGGCCUGCAGGAGAGCCGCUGCUCACACCGCUGCAGCCCCGCGGCCCGGCCCGGUUCGGUCUCCGGUCCCCCCCUCCGUUGCCAUCAUGCUGGUGCCGGUGUUCACGCUGAAGCUGAACCACAAGAUCCUGCCCCGCAUGGUGGCGCUGGGCCGGUUCGACGGGACGCACCCCUGCCUGGCGGCGGCCAACAAGCGGGAAGGUAACGGCGCUGUUUUUAUUCAUAAUCCUCAUGCCCGAGGGAAGAGAACCAGCACAAACCGACUGGUGCAGAGUAACCAGGAUCUGGACAUUUCUCUUCUCAACAUCAAUCGGAUCACUUGUCUGACUUCAGGAGUGCUGAACCCUCAGCUUGGUUAUGAUUGUCUUCUGGUUGGAACCCAGACUAAUUUACUGGCUUAUGAUGUAUAUAACAAUUCAGAUUUAUUUUACAGAGAGGUUUCAGAUGGAGCCAAUGCAAUAGUUCUUGGAAAGCUGGGAGAUAUUUCAUCCCCACUUGCCAUUAUUGGUGGAAACUGUGCCCUGCAGGGCUUUGAUUAUGCAGGAAAUGACCGCUUUUGGACAGUCACUGGAGACAACGUUCGGUCACUGGCACUCUGUGACUUUGAUGGGGAUGGCAAAACUGAGCUUCUUGUUGGCUCUGAAGAUUUUGACAUCCGGGUGUUUAAAGAAGAUGAGAUUGUGGCAGAAAUGUCAGAGACAGAGACUGUCACAUCUCUGAGCCCCAUGCAUGGCAGUCGCUUUGGCUAUGCCCUCUCCAAUGGGACAGUUGGGGUUUAUGACAAGACAUCUCGGUACUGGAGGAUUAAGUCUAAAAACCAUGCCAUGAGCAUACACGCGUUUGACCUGAACUCUGAUGGUGUCUGUGAGCUGAUCACCGGCUGGUCCAACGGGAAGGUGGAUGCACGUAGUGACGAACUGGAGAAGUCAUUCUUUUGAAGCGACAACUUUGCCUUCCGGAGUAUUGCAGGAUGGAGUUGGGAGGGAGAUUUACAGCCAUUGGAUUGUGGAGCACCCAUUGCAUCCUGUUGUUCAGUUGAUGGUGCAGUCCGAGGCUAUCUGCCUGGGGGGGAGGAGAUGAAAGGAAACCUGAUGGAUGCCAGUGCUGAGCAGGAUCUGAUCCGAGAACUUAGUCAGAAGAAACAAAAUCUGCUGCUGGAACUGAGGAAUUAUGAGGAAAAUGCUAAGGCUGAACUGAAUGCUCAGUUGAAGGAAGCUGAUGGGCAGAGAGGUUUGAUUCCAGCAAACACCCAGCUCCACACCUCCCUCUCAGUUAAUCUGGGCUCUGACAGCCAGUCUGCACAUGUGGAGCUGUGUAUUUCCACCACAAAUGACACAAUCAUCCGUGCUGUGCUGAUCUUUGCUGAGGGCAUAUUUGAAGGAGAGAGCCACGUGGUACACCCCAGCCUCCAGAACCUCUCUGGUUGUCUUCGUGUUCCCCUUACCCCACCCAAAGAUGUCCCUGUGGAUUUGCACAUCAAAGCCUUUGUGGGUUACAGGAACAGCACCCAGUUCCAUGUGUUUGAGUUGACAAGACAGCUUCCCCGCUUCUCCAUGUAUGCUCUGAGCAGCCCAGACUCAGCCACGGAGCCCCUGAGCUUUGUUAACUACACCACAAAUGAGAGGUCCCAGAGGAUUGUUAUGUGGCUGAAUCAGAACUUCUUGUUGCCAGAGGAUGCAGAGUUUCAGAGUGGUCCCUUUCAGGUUUGCUUCACUUCCCUUCGUAAUGCUGGUCAGCUCUGCAUCAAAGUCAAGCCCAGUGGAGAGAUUUCCAUCCACACGGAUGAUAUCGAUCUGGCUGGUGACAUUGUCCAGUCAAUGGCCUCCUUUCUGGCCAUAGAAGACUUGCAGGUGGAAGCAGAUUUCCCAGCAUACUUUGAGGAGCUGAGGAAAGUGUUGGUCAAGGUGGAUGAGCACCACGCUGUGAAUCAGAGGCUCACUGCUGGCAUGGCUGAGCACUCCAACCUCAUCCGCAGCAUCCUGGUUCAGGCUGAAGAUUCACGACUUCUGGGAGACAUGAAAACCAUGAAGACACGGUACAGUGAGCUCUAUGACCUGAACAGGGAUUUAAUCAACCAGUACAGGAUUCGGUGCAACAAUCACACGGAGCUGCUGAACCACCUGAAGGCUGUCAACCAGGCAAUCCAGAGGGCUGGGAGGUUACGUGUUGGCAAACCUAAAACCCAGGUGAUCAGUGCUUGUCGGGAUGCAAUAAGAAGCAACAACUUCAACAUGCUGUUCAGGAUAAUGUGUGUGGGAACAGCCUCUUCUUAAACCCUCUGGAGGAGGGGCAGCUCAACAGAGGCAGAAUUUCUCUGCAGAUAAUGGACCAGGGAUGCUCAGUGCUUAAUUCAGUUCCCUACCCCACUGUAGGGUGAAGUAAUUACAUUUUAGUUAUGCCAUCAGGCAAUUAAUGUUGUUCUGCAGGCCAAAGAAGAGGAAGUUUUGUGAAGAAGGUAUCAGUUGAAGUGCAGAUGUGAUAUUUAUGCAAGGCAGAGGUGUUACCUUGGAUCAGUUAUUUUUCUUACAGUAACUUAUUUAUGUAUUUUAAUAUAUUUUGCAGCUAAGGCAUUGGCCUUUUCCAUUAAAACAUAGA